AUGCUGGAUUAUUCGAGAAGAAUUGUUGAUAACAUGAAUGAUACUCCUACUCGAUUAAUUGGAAUGAGUCCCAAUGAUGCCACAAAGCUUGAGCGGAUAUAUUCCAAACUAUCGGUAAAAUACAAUCAUCCAAUAGGUGUUAAUGAACCAUAA